AUGGAGGGUGGGGGUAGUAGUUUUAGGAUUGGAAGUUCAUCCAUUUGGAGGAACAGCGACGCGGCGGAGAUCUUCUCAAACUCUUUCCACCAAGAGAAUGAUGAAGAGGCUCUUAAAUGGGCUGCCAUUCAGAAACUUCCUACAGUUGCGCGUUUGAGGAAAGCUUUGAUCACUUCACCCGAUGGCGAGUCCAAUGAGAUCGAUGUAAAGAAACUUGGGUUGCAAGAAAAGAAAGCUUUGCUUGAAAGACUGGUGAAAACUGCUCAAGAGGACAAUGAGAAGUUUUUGCUCAAGCUCAAGGACAGAAUUGAUAGAGUUGGAAUUGAUCUUCCUACCAUAGAGGUUCGGUUUGAGAACCUGAGCAUCGAAGCAGAAGCUCGUGCAGGAACUAGAGCUUUGCCUACAUUCACUAACUUCAUCGUUAAUAUACUGGAGGGCUUGUUGAACUCUCUUCAUGUACUUCCAAACAGAAAACAACAUUUAAACAUUCUAGAGGAUGUUAGCGGAAUAAUAAAGCCUGGAAGAAUGACAUUGCUUUUAGGCCCUCCAAGUUCUGGGAAAACCACACUCCUACUAGCCUUGGCUGGAAAACUUGAUCCAAAAUUAAAGUUCUCUGGAAAGGUAACUUAUAAUGGUCACGGGAUGAAUGAGUUUGUACCCCAAAGGACUGCUGCUUAUGUCAAUCAAAAUGAUCUUCACGUUGCAGAAUUGACGGUCAGAGAAACCUUGGCCUUCUCAGCCAGGGUCCAAGGAGUUGGACCUCGUUACGACUUGCUGGCGGAAUUGUCCAGAAGAGAAAAAGAGGCAAAUAUCAAGCCUGAUCCAGAUAUUGAUGCCUAUAUGAAGGCUGUAGCAUCUGAAGGACAGAAGGCAAAUAUGAUAACAGAUUAUAUCCUGAGGAUUUUGGGACUAGAGGUUUGUGCUGAUACUGUUGUAGGAAAUGCAAUGUUAAGAGGUAUCUCUGGUGGACAAAGGAAACGUGUUACAACAGGGGAGAUGCUAGUUGGACCAGCUAAAGCUCUUUUCAUGGAUGAAAUAUCCACUGGUUUGGAUAGCUCAACGACUUUUCAGAUUGUGAAUUCACUAAAGCAAUAUGUCCACAUUCUCAAAGGAACCACAGUCAUCUCACUCCUGCAGCCAGCACCAGAGACUUACAAUCUUUUUGAUGACAUCAUUCUACUCUCUGAUAGUCACAUUGUGUAUCAGGGUCCUCGUGAACACGUGCUUGAAUUUUUCGAAUUAAUGGGUUUUAAAUGUCCCCAGAGGAAAGGUGUGGCAGACUUUUUGCAAGAAGUUACAUCAAGGAAAGAUCAGGAGCAGUACUGGGCACACAAAGAUCAGCCUUAUAGAUUUGUCACAGCCAAAGAGUUCUCGGAGGCACAUAAGUCAUUUCAUAUUGGGAGAAGCCUUGGUGAAGAACUUGCUACUGAAUUUGACAAGUCUAAGAGCCACCCAGCCGCAUUGACAACCAAAAUGUAUGGAGUGGGAAAAUGGGAGCUGUUAAAAGCUUGCUUAUCGAGGGAAUAUUUACUUAUGAAGCGCAAUUCAUUCGUCUACACCUUCAAACUUUGCCAAGUAGGUUUGGAAAUUGGAAUGUUUCAUUUUAUUGUCUUAUCACCUAAUGCGAUUAUUAUCUUACUGAAAUGUUUCCCCUCCUUUCAGCUUGCUGUAUUAGCAAUUAUUGCCAUGACCAUUUUCCUCCGGACCGAGAUGCACAGAGAUUCAGUGACUCAUGGAGGCAUAUAUGUGGGUGCAUUGUUCUAUGGUGUUGUUGUGAUUAUGUUCAAUGGAUUGGCUGAACUUUCCAUGGUCGUUUCACGGCUUCCUGUUUUCUACAAGCAAAGGGACUAUCUCUUCUUCCCUUCAUGGGUAUAUGCACUUCCUGCAUGGAUCCUAAAAAUCCCCCUGACUUUUGUGGAAGUGGGUGUUUGGGUAUUCCUCACCUACUAUGCCAUUGGUUUUGAUCCAUAUGUUGGAAGAUUGUUUAGGCAAUACCUUGUUCUUGUACUAGUAAAUCAAAUGGCAUCGGCAUUGUUCCGAUUAGUUGCAGCAGUUGGGAGGGAAAUGACAGUGGCUCUAACACUUGGGUCGUUUACACUGGCCAUCCUAUUUGCUAUGAGUGGUUUUGUCCUAUCAAAAGAAAAUAUUAAAAAAUGGUGGCUAUGGGGCUUCUGGAUCUCACCUAUGAUGUAUGGACAAAAUGCCAUGGUAAAUAAUGAGUUCCUUGGGAAGAGAUGGAGACAUUUUCUACCUAACUCAACCGAGGCACUAGGAGUUGAAAUUUUGAAAUCCCGUGGAUUCUUCACUCAGUCAUACUGGUACUGGAUAGGUGUUGGGGCUUUGAUUGGAUAUACAUUACUUUUCAACUUUGGCUACAUCCUUGCUCUCACAUACUUAAAUCCACUUGGGAAACAUCAAGCUGUUAUAUCAGAGGAACCUCAAAUCAAUGACCAGAGUGGUGAUAGUAAAAAGGGAACUAAUGUGUUGAAGAGCAUACAACGUAGCUUCUCUCAGCACUCAAAUAGAGUGAGAAAUGGCAAAAGUUUAAGUGGAAGCACCUCUCCCGAGACAAACCAUAACAGGACAAGAGGAAUGAUUCUUCCUUCUGAACCUCAUUCCAUCACCUUUGAUGAUGUAACAUAUUCUGUCGACAUGCCUGUGGAAAUGAGGAAUAGAGGUGUUGUUGAGGAUAAAUUGGCUCUAUUGAAGGGUGUCAGUGGAGCUUUCAGGCCAGGUGUUCUCACUGCUCUAAUGGGUGUCACAGGUGCAGGCAAAACAACUCUGAUGGAUGUACUCGCUGGUAGAAAAACUGGGGGAUAUAUUGGGGGGAAUAUCACAAUCUCUGGUUAUCCAAAGAAGCAAGAAACAUUUGCACGGAUUUCUGGAUACUGCGAGCAAAAUGAUAUCCACUCUCCUCAUGUUACUGUAUAUGAAUCUUUGCUUUACUCAGCAUGGCUUCGACUGUCCCCAGAAAUCAAUGCUGACACCAGGAAGAUGUUCAUCGAGGAAGUUAUGGAACUUGUGGAACUGAAAGCACUAAGGAACGCAUUAGUUGGAUUGCCUGGUAUUAAUGGUCUCUCAACAGAGCAACGCAAAAGGUUGACUAUUGCAGUUGAACUUGUGGCAAAUCCUUCUAUAAUAUUUAUGGAUGAGCCAACUUCUGGGCUAGAUGCAAGAGCUGCUGCUAUUGUCAUGAGAACAGUUAGGAACACAGUAGACACCGGAAGAACAGUUGUCUGUACCAUCCAUCAGCCAAGCAUAGACAUAUUUGAAUCUUUUGAUGAGCUUUUGCUAAUGAAGCAAGGAGGCCAAGAAAUAUAUGUGGGGCCACUUGGACAUCAUUCUUCCCAUUUAAUUAAUUACUUUGAGGGAAUCCAAGGUGUCAAUAAGAUUAAAGAUGGCUAUAAUCCGGCAACAUGGAUGCUGGAAGUCUCGACUUCAGCAAAAGAAAUGGAAUUGGGGAUUGAUUUUGCUGAGGUGUACAAAAAUUCAGAGUUAUACAGGAGAAACAAAGCACUUAUUAAAGAAUUGAGUACUCCAGCUCCUGGUUCAAAAGACCUUUAUUUCCCAUCACAGUACUCAACCUCCUUCCUCACUCAAUGCAUGGCUUGCUUAUGGAAACAACAUUGGUCUUACUGGCGCAAUCCUCUAUACACUGCUAUAAGAUUUCUUUACUCAACUGCUGUAGCUGCUGUGCUUGGUAGCAUGUUCUGGGACCUUGGCUCCAAAAUUGACAAACAACAAGAUCUUUUCAAUGCCAUGGGCUCCAUGUAUGCUGCUGUUCUCCUUAUUGGCAUUAAGAAUGCUAAUGCAGUGCAGCCAGUGGUUGCUGUUGAGCGAACAGUCUUUUAUAGGGAAAAAGCAGCCGGAAUGUAUUCAGCUUUACCGUAUGCUUUUGCUCAGGUUCUAAUUGAGCUCCCAUAUGUUCUAGUACAAGCUGUGGUAUAUGGCAUUAUAAUUUAUGCCAUGAUUGGUUUUGAGUGGACUGUAACUAAAGUUUUCUGGUACCUAUUCUUCAUGUACUUCACCUUCCUGACCUUCACCUACUAUGGCAUGAUGUCAGUAGCAGUGACCCCAAACCAACACAUUUCUUCUAUAGUUUCCUCUGCAUUCUAUGCAGUGUGGAAUCUCUUCUCAGGAUUCAUAGUCCCACGACCGAGAAUUCCAGUGUGGUGGAGGUGGUACAGUUGGGCAAAUCCUGUAGCAUGGAGUUUGUAUGGAUUGGUGGCUUCACAAUAUGGAGAUAUAAAGCAAAGCAUGGAAUCCAGCGACGGGAGAACGACAGUGGAAGGCUUUGUAAGAAGCUACUUUGGUUUCAAGCAUGAUUUUCUGGGAGUGGUUGCAGCUGUGAUUGUUGCAUUCCCAGUAGUCUUUGCAUUGGUCUUUGCCAUAUCAGUGAAGAUGUUCAAUUUCCAACGGCGUUAAGAUCGAACGUGUUCAAGUAGUUUGUACAGGGUGUUUCAUGUAAUGUAACAUGUUGAGAGAAGAUAUCCACAUAGCUUUUUUUUAUUCUUUUAUUUACCAAUUAAAUUAAACUUAUCAUAGUCGAAAUCCACUAGGAUCUGUCAACAGUAGUGGAGAAAUUUAGUUAGUUUUCAUGAGAUCAUAGAUUUAAAUCUCAUUGGCAUAUCACUGUAAAAAAAAGUGUAUCAUAUUUGAUGAUAUUAAUAUAUGUAACACUUGAUAUAGUUAGUAAAUGCAUAUGUUAUUUCGUUCUUUUU